AUGACGCCUGACCAAUUUACUGGACAAGGCUAUAUUGAAAGUAUUCUUCAAAAAACUUUUUCGUUUCCGAUUAGUGUUUUUGCCAGUAGCCGGACCGAUAAAGGAGUUCAUGCUCGGGAACAAAAAUUUACUUUUCAUUUGCCUUUUUUCCUAACGAAUAAGAAAUUAUUUGGUAUUUUAAAAAAGAGGUUAGAAGAAUAUGUUUUAGUGAAAAAAGUCGAAAAAGUAGGCGUCAAUUUUCAUCCUCCCUAUAAUGUAGUUGAAUACAAUUUACCGUUAGAAACGACUAAAUUAGACAAAAUUCUUCAAUUAUUUCGUGGACAGCAUGAUUUUUUUAAUUAUUGUUAUUGCCGUUAUCAAGACCGAGAAAAAACUAACACGGUGCGGCAAAUUGAUUCAAUAAGGAUUAAUUGCUACGAAGGAAAGCAAACCAUUUUUGAUUUAAAAAAAAGAUUAACUAACGAGGGUAAAUAUAAAAAUCUUGCUCCGCCUUCUGGUUUAUACUUGUGA